AUGACAAGCCUCAAAGUAAAAUUGUCAAAAAUAGCCAAACAGCUGACUCUUCAGGUUAAGAUCUGCAAUAAGUUCUUGUGUCACAUGAAUGCUUAUUGUCCUGUGUCUAUGAACGAUCCAGAAAAUGUGAAGACGGUUUAUGAUCUAUUUAAAGCAGGCUUACAGCUUUCACCCGAGGAAUACUGUCUUGAACGUCGUAUCUCAACGCUUAAUGCAUAUAGUCGAGAAUUAUACUACCGAUAUCACAAAACCAUCAAAACGCAUCGGUUUAUGGACACCCAACCACCUGAAUGGACCAUCACCAACAUGGCGAGUGCUUCUCAAGGCCUUUGUAAUGUUGCCUUAUAUGAAACUUUGGGCCCCGAUGCUGUUGAAUAUGUCAUUAACCACGCCGAACUCGAGUUGAUUGUCUGUACCUCUAAUCAUUUGGCAAAACUAUUGAAACUAAAAGCGACCAAAUUGCCGAUCUUGAAAGUGGAAGAUUUUGGUAAAAGAUAUCCCAAUGAUCAUGAAUAUCCAACAUCGAACGACGUAUUCUGCAUAAUGUAUACUAGUGGAACAACAGGUGUACCAAAAGGUGUUAUGUUGCAACAUGGCAAUUUUGUAGCUGCGGUUAGUGCUGCCAAAAUUCUGUUCAAAACGGACGAAAAAGUUGUGGCCCACUGUUUUGGUCGUGUCUACGAAAUGACCAUGCUCGCCAGUGGUGGUAAACUCGGUUAUAUUUGGGACGGUAUUGAAACGUUAGUUGAAAAUUGCCAAGUGUUCCAGCCUACCUUCUUUGGUGCUGUACCUCGUCUUUUGAACAAAAUUUACAGUUUAUUGGCUCAGCGUAGUAUCUAUGCCGGUGGCAUGACUGGUUUGAUAUCUCUUAUGGCAAUGAAUGUCAAAUUGCGUCAGUUAUCCGAAGGAAGGGGUUGCACUUACGCUUUGUGGGAUCGUUUGCUAUUCAACAGAAUGAAAUCAUUGCUUAGUGGACGUGUGAAUGUCAGAGCUUCAGGAGCAGCUCUUUUGAGCCACGAUGUGUUACAGUUCUUGAAAGUGGCCUUGUGUUGUGAUAUUCGUGAAGGAUAUGGUGCAACAGAAACUACUGCUACAGGUUGUUUGCUACGAAUGGGGGAUAAUACAGCUGGUAGCGUUGGGGCUCCUUAUGUAUGCAUGGAAAGCAAAUUGGCGGACGUGCCAGAAAUGGAUGACUGUCAGGCAUGCGUAGAACCGCCAAAGGUAGAGAUUUGUAUGCGUGGACCUAGUGUAUUUAAAGGCUAUUUCAAAGAUCAAGAACAAACCGAUGGAGUGUUAGACAAGGACGGCUGGUAUCACUCCGGUGAUAUUGGCACGUUCAAUUCACAAGGAAGCCUGACUGUUGUCGAUCGUAAAAAGAACAUUUUCAAAUUAUCGCAAGGCGAAUAUAUCGCUCCUGAAAAGAUCGAAAACGUGUUUGUUAAAGAUCCUAUGGUAGCACAAAUCUUUGUCCAUGGUGAACCUUUGAAAAGUGCCUUAAUAGCUACGGGUAAAGCUGGAGGACUCCAAAGUUAUGAGAUACCGAAGGCAAUAUACCUUGAAUCAAAACCGUUUUCUAUCCAAAAGAAUCUAUUAACUUCAUCUCUCAAGAUUAAACGACACCAGGCUAAGAAAUAUUAUGAAAAACAGCUUGAAAAAUAUGUAUACAUCAUUGGAGUGAUAUCUCCUAAUUAUUUUACAUAA